AUGGCCGAGAAACGCAGAUCGAUGGCGCUGCAGUCGUCAAAGACUCGCAAGCGGCUGCCAACGCUUGCAGAGGUGCUGGCCCGCAGGACGUCGCCGCCCGUCGACCUCUAUUGCUUCUACCUCUUCCUCCAGCGCGAGGGAUCCGAGGACUCGCUCGACUUCUGGCUCGACGUCCAGCAGCACGAGAACCUUUGCCGCGCCUACUUCAAGGACCUGCGAAAGAGCGGCAAGAGCGUUCGGGACGACUGGCCGCUCUACUACCGCGAGGCAAAGGAGCGCGGCAGCAUCUACAACAAGGUCAACGGCAUUAAUGAGGAGGGCUUCGAGGAGUUUCCCAGUCAGGGCGGACCCGCUGGUGGCAGCAGCAUCGGCCACGGACGCGGCGCCGGUGCCGAGACGCCAGACUUCUCCAAUCUCUCGCAUGGCAUCGAGGCGACCACGACCGGCGAAAGGCCUACCAACGGGCCUCGAUUCCCCGGCGACCCAGACUACCUUGCACAGCAGACGCGCGCCGAGCGCAAGCACAUGCUGGCUAAGCGCGCCAGCGUCGCCCCCACCGUCAUCUCGCGCUCGACGGCCAUCACGCGGAUCGACUUGGUGGCCAGCGCCGAGCGAAUCUACGCGCGAUACCUGCUGCCGGGCAGCGAAAAGGAAAUCUACCUCCCCGGGCCGCUGCGCAUCACGAGCUUCCCCAUCAGCUCCGGCUCGCUGCCGCAUCCGCAGGACGAGGAGCAGCAGCGCGCGCUCGCCCGCGUGCCGGACAUGUUCCACGCCCAGAAGGAGUACGUCUUCCGCACCAUGGAGGCCGACGUCUUCCCGCGCUUCCUGCGCUCCAAGGCGUUUGGCAACCUCACGCCCAUCUCUGCGCUGGUCCGCCUGAGCCUCGGCCUGCUGGCGCUGUGGGCCGCGCUCGCCACGGGCUUUAGCUUCAUCUUCCUCGACGUCGAGAGGACCAAGCGGCUCUGGGUCAUCCUGCCGUUCUCGAUCGCGGUGCUGCUCAUCAUCUCGCAUCAGUACGAGCUGGACCCGAUCCUCGUCUUCCUCUCGCAGUCGGAGACGACGCCGUUCCACCUGAUUCGCAUCCGCGAGCCGUACGUCAAGAAGCUGCUGUUGCAGCGGAGCCUCGGCGUGCUGCUGCUCAUUGCCCUGAUCACGGCCGCCUUGACGGUGCUGUUCGUCUUCGUGCCGGGUCAUCGCCUCUGA